GACAGGGGAACCUGACUGUUCCAGUCACUUCGCCUGCACCAGUGAGCGGGCAGUGUGAUAUGAAUUUUAAUAAACUGGAUACUUUCCUUUGCAAAUCAGAGCUGCACGAUAUAUUUGGCUUGCGGCGCCGUUGCCAACCCCAGAACAUUAACGGCAAGAUGUGAAAAAGAAAAAGAGUCCCUGGCUUUGAAUCGUGCCAUCAUGUCAUGAGUUGAAAAUGUAGGCUGCUGGUUUAGUGAAAACAGACCGAGUGAAAUCCAGGCAGCGGCUUGAAACAGAGGAUCGACUGUUAGCGAGGAGCAACGCGUCGGACGGAAAGUUCGACGGAUGUAGUCAAAUCUACUGUACAUAUAUAUAGGCAUAGGAAUGGACGACCAUGGAUCUCAGGGUACCGUACCGCUACCUCCUACUACCAGAAGAUCGACGAAAGGCAAGGCCCCUCCCCCGCCGACCGCCAAGGGCUUGGAUGGUUCGAGAAUCUCGCUGAGACUCGUGGGUAGCCCGCUGUCAGCCAUGGACCAGAAAGAGAACCUCAUCGACAAGGACCUUAACCUGACGGUGGUCCUGCCGGGGGGAGUGGAGAAAAUGGCCACGGUGCCUGGGAGCAAGCCCAUGAUGGAUCUGCUGGUCAUGCUGUGUGCCAAGUAUCACCUGAACCCCUCCGGCCACACCAUCGAGCUCGUCUCCACCAACAGGAACCACAUCAAGUUCAAGCCCAACGCUCUGAUUGGCUCCCUGGACGCAGAGAAGGUUCUGCUCAAACCCAAAGGAGCAGAGGAAAAGAACAAGAAGACUGGACCGCAGAUGCCUGAGGCCACCGUCCGCCUCGUCAUAAACUACAAAAAAACGCAGAAGACGAUCCUGAGAGUUAACCCUCGUGUGCCCCUGGAGGAGCUCAUGCCUGCGGUCUGUGAAAAAUGUGAAUUUGACCAGCGGACCUCGAUCUUGCUGAGAGACGUCCGCUCAGAAGAGCCUCUGGACCUGACCAAGUCCCUCAAUGACUUUGGCCUGAGAGAAGUGUACGCAAGGGACACUAAAAGUGUCAGCACUGCAGAAUUGCCGGCCUCUCCAACACAUGAAGUAGAUAAAAGUCUGCCAAGCAGAGGCAAAUCUCUCAAGGAGAAGGAGAACAAAGGGUUGUUCAGCAUGUUCCGAAAAAGUAAGAAGAAACCCGACCAGUCGACCUCAAGCGCACCGGCGUCUCCGGUCUCCAGCAAGCAGAGGCCGGUCAGCAUGCCUUCCCUCAGCGCCCACACCUCUACCUACAGCUCCAACACCAUGCCCUCCGAUGUGCCAAAGAAGAGGCGGGCACCCCUGCCCCCGAUGACGGCCUCCCAGAGCUUCCCGUCUGACCUCAGCCAGCACCAGCACGGCUCCCAGAGCACGCUGCUGAGUGACGGGGACCAGGACAUGUCUGGGAUCAGUCGGGGGUCGUCCGCAGAGUCUUCCCUGAAGAGGACCAAGAGGAAGGCACCACCACCCCCCACCUCUCCUCCCUCCCUCCCCACACAAGAUGAAACCCCCCAGGAUGGCAGUAUUAAAGUGGGCGUGGCAUCAUGCCGGGCAUUGGAGGGGAUCUGUGAGCAGGAGGAAACGGCUCCGUCUGCUGUCCCGGACCACAGCGGUGUGAGCAACGCCAACGGAGAUGACGGCCGCCUCGACUCGUCUGCCGACGUCCAGAUGGAUUCUGGGAAAUCUGAGCCGGCCCCGCCUCCUGCAGAUGUGGAGAUGCCUAGCGACUCGCCCCCGGACAGGAUGGAGGAAGAUCAUGCCAGUGAUCUGUCCUCAGAUGGCAAACCAGCAAAGGACCCUGGGAAUGAACAAGAGCAGCCGGUUGCUGUUGAGGAGAUGGGUGCUCCCGAGCAUACAGCAGAAGAGGAGCAGCAGGCGGGUGUCUCUGAAAAUGGCCCCACUCCAGAGGAGGAGGGACAGCAGAGUGGCAGUGGAGUGUGCUCUGUACCGCCCGGCACGCCCUGCCCUGCGCCCGCCACCCAGGACGCCGAGACGCUGACCUCAGAUCAGCAGAGCGCCGUUCCUUCCUCUGAGGAGCAGCCAGAGAAGGCGGAAACACCAGCGGACAGUGGGCUGGUCGCCGCAGUAACGGGGGACGCCCCCGCUGACACCCCCUCGCAGCCCGUGCCACCCCCCACGGCCUCGCCCAAGCCACAGGAAGUGCCUGCCCCCACGGAGCCAGUGGGGCUGAAGAGGGACAUGGCCACAUCCACAGAGGAGCUCCGCCCUCAAGAGACCUCUCCCCCGUCGCCGCGGCGACAGAGACCCCCCGCGGCGAAGAGCCCUCCCGUCUACAUCACGGAGGUGGAUUCACGGCCCAAGCCCUCCAAUGAGCUCACCAGGGACUACAUCCCCAAGGUGGGGCUGACUACCUACACCAUUGUGCCGCAGAAAUCACUGGACAAGCUGCGCUUCUUCGAGGUGGAGGUGACCCUGGAGGCUCCGGGGGGAGGCGUGCAGCAGGAGGUGACCACAGGUCCCCCCGACCCCCAGCACGGCCACGCAGCGGCCUCUCCCCCCGCGGGGGACUCCCUGCUCAGCAACGGGACUGUCACCACUGAUGACACUCACCCCGGCAACGUGCCUCCCGCCCAGCCGGUUCCUGUGCCCGCUGUGGCUGCAGGGGGUGCUGGAGAGGUGGAGAAGCCCUCGUCCCCGAGCAAGCCCUCCUCCCCCACUGAUCCCUCCUCCCCGAGCAGCCCCGUGUCCCCCGGUAGCUGGGGAGUCCGGGCGGAGCUGCCUCCGGCGCAGGGCAAAGAGAAGAAGAUUCCGCCCGCAACCAAACCCAAGCCGGGCUCUUUCCGUUUGUCGCAGCACAAAAGAACACCUGGCGGCUACGUCACCUCGGCGGCAGAGAAGAGCGUAGCCGCGGUGCAUGGCGCGGGGCAGGCCCAGGCCCCACCUUCAUCCUCGGCCCCUCCCCCAACCCUGCCCCCACACCCGUCCAUCCCUCCUCCCCCUCCCCCUGUGCAGGUGGAGGCAGAGGUGUCGAAGGUCUUGCAGGGCGAGCCGAAGCCCCAGGAAGCGAAACCUCCGGUCGCUCCCCCGAAGAUCACCCGGCAGUGGAGCCUGCCGGCGCGGGACGCUCCGGUGGGGCUGAGCCUGGAGAAGCUGAGGACCUUCGCCGCCCCGAAACCAUACACCCCCGCCGGCCCCUCGCGGUUCGCCCAGGCUGUGUCCUCCGCCAUCAGGAGGUCCCAGUCCCUCACCCGCGCCUCCAGUGUGGAUACCCCGCCCCCCCACCUGCUGCCCGGCUCCUCGCUCGGGGCAAACUGCACCAUCAGAGAGCUGACAGAACCUUCCAGAAGCUCGGAGGGAGAGAUGGAGGAGGAAAGGGAAGAGGACAUGGCCCCCCCACCCCAGCGAGAGGACCCCUCCGCCUGUGACCCGGCCGGUGCAGGUGACACAGGGGACGUCCCUGAGACCCACGUGGACGGAAAGAACGACCCGCCAACAGUGCCUGACGCUUUGCCUUCAGUGUCUCUGAAUGGAAAUUAACGGGAGACACGGCGCACCAGCGCAAGCGGAACUCGUAUUUAUUGCCCCCCUGUCACAUGACCUGAGGAAGCCUCCUGCACAUGACGGGAAGAGACAGUCUGACUCAAAU